AUGGCCGAGCUCUGUGAUGCUCCUUCUUCCCUCCUCUUCUUUUCCUGUGUUGCUGCUUCUUUCUUUUUUAUGUUACAUGCAGGAAAUCUUAGCUUUGCAUUCCCUCCCACCUUGAAUUUUAUGCUUGAAACUGAUGCCUAUUUUGAAGGAGACAAGGUCAUUGAACUGAACAAGAACCUAUCCCGUAGCGUAGGCUGGGCAGCUUACAAUAAAUCGGUUCCACUUUGGGACAACUCCUCUCGAGCUCUGGCGAAUUUCUCUACCCAUUUUCAAUUCAGUAUCGGGACGGGCAAUACUAAUCAAAGCGCUUUCGGAGACGGAGUUGCUUUCUUCUUGGUGCCUAUUGACUUGGAACAGGCCUUGAACACUUCUGGCGGAGGGCUUGGUUUGUUUAAUACGACAGACUCCAGUGAAUCAUUCAAUCCAGUGGUUGCCGUGGAAUUUGAUACUUACAAAAAUGAAUGGGAUCCUGAUGACAACCAUGUGGGAAUUGACGUCAAUGGUGUUCUUUCCCAGGUAAACUUUUCGCCUGAAAGGGUGGGUUAUAUAUACUCCGGCCCGUGUGAUGAAAAUCUCAAGAAUGGAAAGCUAUGGCACGCGUGGGUGGAUUAUGAUGGGGAAGCAAAGAGGCUGCAAGUGUUUAUCCUCUGUAAUCCCAAUAGCGGUAGUGUUUCUAAACCUUCAAUCCCAAUCUUAUCUUAUGAUAUAGAACUGCGCAACAAUCUCCCACCACACAUCAAGGUUGGCCUCUCGGCUUCCACUGGAAAUGCAAUAGAGAGACAUACUGUAAUAUCUUGGAAUUUUUCUUGUAAAUAUUCGUGGGGUAUCUCAGCUGCUGCUCUUCCAAAUAACCCUUCCGGUGGACAGAACCCUUCCAUAGGAAAUCCUGCAGACGAAAAGAACAACAGCAAUCCUGUCGAAGUUAUUCAAAUAUCGGUGUUCUGUAGCGUUGUGGCUUUGUGUUUUUUGAUGUUCCUUGGCUGGCGGUGGAAGGUCAGAGAAAGCAUUCGCCGGAGUGACGAAGUUGAAGAAAGCGAUAUGGAGUUGAACGUUUGGUUUUCUCAGGGGGCCCCGAAGAUUCUCCUACGCCGAGCUCAGUGCUGCGACAAGAAACUUCAGCGAAGAUGA